CCCAAACUGUCAGCCGGACGCCGAUUUCUGUUCUUUCUUUGCUUUUGUCAUCGAAAUCAUCGUCCGGAUCCCUCGCGUGGUCGGUUUCAUUCGAGAAGUAUGCCCAGCCGCUCCGCUGUUUUUGUGGUAUGCAUCUGCCCCACCUACUCCGGUCGUUUUUUCCUACAGUUUGCCACGUGUUGAGCCUGCUGUGAACGCUUCAAGUAGUUGAAAAGGUUGCAAACUGUGCAAAGGCCUCAGCUGUCUCAAGUUUGGCACUCAGCUCGGCCGAAUUGGAGGCAGUCCAAGAUCUUGCUCUUGACGCUCUGUGUGUUCUGAUCGGUUCCCACCAUGUUGACCAGAGCGAACCACUUCACAACAGAACUUGAGUGAUUUCAUUCCUUGUUUUAUUAUGUAAGUAGGCAUAUUGCCCCCAGGUAUUGCAUCAGGAGGUUCAAACUCAAAAAUAUAGGUAGACUUACUCUGCAUGACAAUAGCGAAUUGUUUGUGUCAACAAAAUCCGAGCCAAUUUAUUGAUUUAAUAAUAGUACAACUCACAAGAAUUUCAA